GAUUCAAAUACGGAAACCCGGGUGUAAACAAGUCCAAGAACAAACGCCAUUUUUGACGGAAAUUCGGCCUUUCUCUGUCUUGCUGGCGACCUUGGCGCGCUUGUUCGUAGUUUGGUAGUUUGUGCAUAUUCUGUACCCAAAGACAGACCCAGGGGCAUAUGUGGUAGCAGACAGAGAGCAGCACAGAGAUUGUAUAUUCGCUGUGAGUUCGUCGGCCUUCUGAUUCGCCGGCGGCUGGUCUGCAGUGUAGUUCUUUAUUGGCUGAGGGAUUUGAAUAUCACUGAAAAGGCCACGGUGAGGGGUCACGCUUUUUCAAACUCGAUGAAAGUUUGCCCUGUUGAAAAUGUCAACUAGCAGCCAGAACGACCUUGCUGCUAAACCUCCAGAACCAGACAGUACAACGCAAAAGAUGGACCACAGUGAAUCUAACCAACUAAAUGGACCUGGAACAGUAACCCAGGAAAAACUUAUGAAAAGGCCUCCACCAGACUGUAUUGAUAGCAAUGGGGAACCAGAUGCAAAGAGGUCAAAAGUCAACAAUAGUGACCUAGUUGUGACCUCAAAGGAAAUUCAAGAAUCCACAAGGAAUGGUGAAGGUGAGAGGGAUGUAACAACUGAAAAUGACAAUUCCAGUGAUGAAAACUGCCAAGAAGAAAAUUUACCUUCAAAGGUAGCUGUUAACAUAGAAACAGUUGAUAAGGAAACAGUUGAUGAGGAAACGGUUGACAAGGACACAGUAGACACGACAACUGUUGAUAUGGAAAAUGAAGAUGUUAUAACAGCAGAGACUGUUAAUGUUCCUUCCCAAAAUGUAAAAACAGAGACAAAAACUGAUGAUAUUGUAAAUAAAAAUAAUUCCACUGAAAAGGAGAAUGAGGAAAAAAGAACUAUGAGUGAAGAAACAAAAGAAGCUGAUAGUAGUUCUAAAACUGAAAUUGUAGACAAAGAAAACAAAAAUUCAAGUACAGAAUCAAAUGGAAAAUUCAAUGACAUAGAAGCAAUGGACACAUCAGAAAAAAUGGAAAAGAAUGAUGACGAAAGCACAAAAGAAGACACAACAAAAGCAGAAGAGGUGGUAGUUGUGUCAUCAGACGAAGAACACAAACCAUCUUCUAAAUCUAGUUUGCCGAAGAUUUCCAUAGCCACUGAUUUACCAAAGGAAGACUUAAUAAGAAAACUUCAGGAAGAGCUUCGAAAUGAAGAGGCAAAGCUGUUAUUGCUGAAGAAAUUACGGCAGAGUCAGCUACAACCGAUACCCACUCCAAAGGACCACCAUGCCCUGGUGAACCAGCAACAACAGCAGCAGCAGCAGCACCAGCAGCAACAUCAGCAUCAACAACAACAUCAUCAUCACCAGCAACAUCAAUUAUCCAAGGUUUCUCAAAGUUCUCGUAACACUAAUGCUAAUAUCCCUCCCCCACUGGUUCACCAUGCGAGCCCACAUUCGACUGCUCUCAAGAGUCACAAACAACAUGUCCCCCAACUAAUGCGCAGCAGUCAGAUGCAGCACUCAAGAGGCAUACAGCAAGGUCCACCACCUCUUGUUAUGGCCAAUCGUAGCUCUCUACAGAGUUUACAAGUUCCACAGUAUCAAGUCCGGCAUCAGCAGGUACCGUUGUCCAGCAGCACCCACGGCCAUUUAAGGCAAUCACAAUCACAGUCGUACACCAGCCAUCAUGUUUCAAACUCGACCCAAAACAUGGAGAACCAAUCACCAGCCAGUCGACAGGCAGCUGCAAAGCUAGCUCUACGCAAACAGUUGGAAAAAACACUCCUUCAAAUCCCGCCACCAAAACCACCCCCACCAGAGCUCCACUUUCUACCUAGUGCUGCAAAUAAUGAGUUUAUUUACCUAGUCGGCCUUGAAGAGGUUGUAAAUUGUAUACUUGAGAACAACAAGACAUCUAAAGAGAAGACGCCCUCUAAGUUUAUUCAGCCGUUCCAGUGUGCUCAGUGCAAGUCCUUUUUCACAACUAUCUGGAAGCAUGAUACAAAGAGUGGUAUCAUGUGCGAAACUUGUAUUGUAUCCAAUCAGAAGAAGGCUCUUAAGGCUGAGCAUACAAACCGCCUAAAAACAGCUUUUGUGAAGGCCUUGCAACAGGAGCAAGAAAUUGAGCAGAGAAUGCAAAACCAGAAUGCUACAAAUAUGCAACAGGCGCAUUCUCAUCACCAGAGGGCUCCGCAACGUAUUAUGAAUCCAGCCCCAACUACCCACAGACCAGUUCAACCAAUCAAUUAUGCCUACCUACCACAGAUGAUGCAGAAGUCAUCUCAGGUUGCUGAUCGACAUCGUGAAUAUUUACUUGACAUGAUUCCCUCGAAAGGAUUGAACCAAACCGCUGGCAUGGUAUGGAAGUGAUGAAAAGCCAUUAUGCUGCAUUUUCCUUUUAUGUGGAUUUUUGUGGGGAAUGUCAUCCCUUCAUUCGUAGACCUUACUUUGCCAAACAUGGUCUUAAAAGACAACGUUUAUGUUGAUAUAAAAAGGAUGAGAACAGUAAUGCUAAAUUAGCACAGAAAGAAUUAUUUCUGUUGUCUUGUCCACAAGACUGUUGGCGGUAUUCUUCAUGAUCCCCAUUACUAAAAUUGAGGAUAAAAUUGAAGUUUUUUUCGACAAAUUAGCGAAACAAACAGUGAGCUAUACAUUGAGUUGUUAGCAGUAACGAUUCUCUAGUUUGUUGCACUCCAGCAGGAACAGUUGCUAUUGUUAUAAUUGUGGCAGUGUCGUUGCUUUAAGAGAAAACUUCACUUGCUGUUGUUUGUCGUAGAAGCUGCUAAGAAAUACUUUCUAACUGCUCAGGGAAAUCUUGUUUUCACACCUACACUCAUUAUGAAAUUGUAGCAGUUAUGCUCGUGAAGAUUGCCAAUGUUUAUCAGCAGUUAUGCUCACAGCCCUUGCCUGGCAUGGCAGUUAAGCUUGUUGAGGCGGCCUAUACGUGUCAUGUAUGUUCAUCGAAGUGGACUAGCUUGUGUGGAUGUGUCUAUAAUAUUGACUAUUGUGAUGAAUUUGCAAGCAAGUUAAAAAUCAGCGUUCAUCAUGUUAUUUUUUUUCAGUGUUGUUUACCAAGGGAUAUUGGUGUUAUGUUGGAAACAAAGAUGAAUUUAUUAUGAGUGAUGCUUUGUUAUGCUGUCAUACUUGCAAGUUCACAUCGUCAUCUUGUCUACGGUAUAUCCUCAACUGUCUGUGUUUGCAUCAGGAUGCAUAUGGGUGAUGAACUGGAAUGUGGAGUGAAUGCUAGUACACAUGUGAACAUGUUUGGUUGUCAGUUUUUAAGCUCUCUCCACACUAUCAUGUUUAUUUCAUAAAUCCUAGUGAUUUGCCCAUGGGCACGAUGAUGUCAUAUCACACCCAUAUUUGGGCACGAUGAUGUCAUAUCACACCCAUAUUUGGGCAUGAUGAUAUCAUAUCACACUUGUAUAAAUGAGCAAUCCUUGAUAGUGUGGACUGUGCUUUGGUAUCAAGUUAAUUGUGUUCAUAUUUUUGUUGUGUGAGAAAGGCCAAGAAAUAUAGAAGCCAUUAGAGCUGGACUUGUAACCAAUGAGCAUGCAUCUCUAAAAUUUUGAGCUCUAUAUUAUGAGUUUAGUGAAACUAAUUGGCUCAAGAAUAAAUUUUGCAGACAUGCAGAUCACUGCUUCACAACUGCAAUUAGAUUAUGGUGGAGUAUAGAAAACAUCCCUCAUUCUUGUGCCAACUUUAUUUUUCUUUUAUCAAAUUGCAUUUAGUUUUCUUCUAAAACUGAUAAUUGACAAAAUAAUAUAAAUGAGUGUAAAGUUACACUCAUGCGUUUGUGGCUGUAAUAAAAUUAACAUUCAGAAUACUGUUAUAGUAUUGAAGUAACAGAUCUUAGGUUACAUUAGUUAUGGUAAUUUCUUGUAUUUCCAAACAUAAUUUUGGCAUGUCUACAUUUUGUCACCCAAAAGAGUAGCUGCUGCCCACUGAUCAAAAUGGAAUUAGAGGGUGUGUUUAAAAUAAAAGAUGUGCUGAAUAUUGUGAUUUCAAUGUUAAUAUUUAUAAGUUGUAGGGAAUGGUGUUGGGGUUACUAUUUAAGAAAUAAAAAAGGAACUAUUUUGGAAUGCCUAGAAUUUUUUUUAUUUUGCUGUAAAAAAUUGCAAAUUAUAAACAACAAAAGGGGAGUAUUCAUUUCAGUAUAUGUAGUGGUUCGUAAAUUAGUGUUAAACAAUUUCUAGAUUUUUGGGUCUUCGUACGAUAAUCCAUCCAAACUCUUGUGUUGGGGAACAAGAUGAAAAAUGUUGAAUAUAUCUGAUGACAUACAAAUUGUAAUGAAUAAGUAAGCUAAUCACAUUGCAUUGUAGAAUUCUUUGAUUAAACCCCUUUAUUGUGAAAUAGUAGAAUAACAAAUAGUUGGAAAAAAAUUGAAAUAAAACUUUAUUGUACUUUGUACAGCAUCGAUUUUAUGAGAUGAUAAUUUAUUUAUUUUUUGUUCUAUUUUUAUUAACCAUUUCCAUUUCUUUGGUAAGAAACAUCCUCUGUUUGGACAAAGUGUUAGUAAUUUUGCUUAAAAUGAUUUAGAACAUCAUCAUUGGAAAAACAAUUGCUUGAAUAUAAUGUGAUAAUGUAGAGUAUUUUCUCAAGUAAAAGCUGUUUCUCCUGUACAUUUUGUCUAGCUUGCCAACUGUAAAGAACUAAGCCAAUUGUACAAUUAUUAAAUAUGAUGCGAUAUAAAUUAUCCAUUCUUAAUAAAACAUUUAAUUAAAAUUGCUUUCACAGUAAGACAAUUAUAUGCAUGUCUCAAACACGUUGAAACCAUUACAAUUACAUUUCUAGGUCUGUUUUUUCCCUUUUUAAUAUAUAUUUACUAUCUCAUAAUUGUUUUUUCUUCAAAUUGAAUAAAACUCUCCUUGAAAUUGGAGGCUGAAAAUUUAAUGUUUAUAUUUUAAGGCAGUAUCAAAAACUACCUGCAAAAUUAUGAAUAUGCAAGUAAAUAUAGAGGGCGCCAAACAUGUAAUUUGGCAUUUUCACUACAGGUACUGCAUUUCUAAAAAAAAAAAAAACAAACAAUAAUGAUUAUAAAUUUGAAAUUAAUAAUACUGUAUUCUAAUACUGAGAGUUGAAAUACAGUGGAGAAUGUAGUUUGUUUCUUAAGGUGAAUAUGGCAAUCUGAAAAAGUUAAUCUAAAAUAAAUAUUAACCUAUUGUGAAGCUUCUAUAAACAUGCUGUUUCCCUCAGCCGUGAUUUCAGAAAUUUGCCAACAAGGGGUUCAACAUGUCCAAAGGGGGAGGGAUGGAUCAGAAAAUGGGAUAUGGCCUGCCUCCUGGCACCACCACAGGUAUUCCCUACACCAGUAGGUGAUGACUUGUUUAUAUUACAGCAAUCACUUUCUGUGCAUAAUUUAUUUUAUUAAUUACCAUGUUAAUCAUGCUUCCCCAUCAGUAUUUAACUGCUUUCAUUGUAGCUUAUUUUAGUUUAAAAACAAGACUAAGAAUUGUUCUAUUGUAUAUUUAUAUUUCCAUUCUUUUCCCUUUGUAAUUAGAAGUUUAGAUGCACAAUGGAAUGGGUUUUGGACAUAUUCCUUGGUACUGUAGGUUGUUUCUGUUUUUAUGCAUUUGUCCAAACAAGAUGUUCUUUUAAUUUACCUGAUAACCAAUUGAUAUAUCAGUAAAACAAAUGGACCUGUUUCGUCACAUGUUAUAAAUCUAUUGUUUUUCAUUGUGUAUAGUUGUAAGUUAUCGGUUUUCAGAAGACAAUAAAAAAAGAAUCCAGAAAAGAAAAGCA